CCGUAGUCCAAGGCUCAGAGUGUUAGGCCAGGGUUGUGGUACUAAUAAUGAAGGCUGCCUUAAGGCCUAUGGGCCGGAAGGAAGGAAGAGGCGGCAGUGGAGGCGGAGCAGAGAGAGCAGCAGCCUCCUUCGAAAAAGGGCGCCCUGCUGCUGCUGCUGCCUUGCCGUCUUUCCCUUCCCGCCCUCCGCCAUGGCCGAGUCCCCGGACCCCUUCUGGGCCGCCGUGGAGCUCCAUUGGGCGCGGGGCUUCGGCCCCAGCGAAGAGGCCUCGGCGGAGGCGGCCUGGCAGUGCUUGAGGCGCACCCUCGGCCCGGGAGGCCCUCUCCUCCAUAGUUACAGCCUUAUCUCUGUCUCUGACCUUCAGUCUCAACAACGUGUGGCUUGUUGUAGCCAUCUGACCUGGAGCUCUGAAGAGUUUAAUAAAUGGGUUCGCCAGAAUGAAGGCAUUUUGCCCAACGAAAGAAUUUUGCAACGGACUCAUUUGAUACUCUUUGGCUACUUAACAAAUGAAAGACUUGGGGAGAAAGACAGAUGGGUGGAUGGCAGUUUGUAUGUGCGAGACAACACUGGCAUCAUGCCCUGUGAGCUCCUGCAUUUUAAGCUUGACUGGCUAGGACGUUUGCUGUUGUUCCCCAGUUGGAUAUUCAUUCCCCAAGGGGACAAGGGCACUGCUGGAUAUGUGGAAAUACUAGAGGACCCAAUUCCAGUGAUACCUGGCCCAGAGAAGACUGUUAAUAUUGUCCCUAUCUUCUACCCAGGACCAGCUGCACAACUGCUCAGUGCCAGGGCUCAAUGUAAGAGGUUGGAAAAGUUGAAUCUGGCCGGUGAACUGCUCAGACUAAGCAAUAUUCUUCACAUCCACCACAAGACCUUCUUUUUCCUCUUCCUGAAGUGCUUUAGUUCAGCUGCUUACGUCCCAGUACUUGUACAAGAGGCUCACCACUUAGUUUGGCAACAUGCACUACAACUGGGGCAUAAGUAUGUACUAACCGAUUUGAAGAUCUCUUGCCUCAAAGCUUCUGAAAUGAAAAUAUUAGUUACCAGCUCUUCCUCACAACUUCUGCCUUACUGUACUGAACAAGUGAAGGAGCAAUUUCUGGAUAGUUCUACAGAGGGAAGUCCUGUUGUGUCUGUUCUGUGCAUGAGCAAUGUGCAGCCUAACAGAAUAUUGGAGGUGAAAGAGGAAGAGAAGAUGCUAGUUCCACAUAGGAAGUCCAAGAUGAUGUCCUAUACAGGCAUUAUUACCCAUGUGCUGAAUGCUCAGGCUGGCCUUUUUGAACUGGAUAAUAAGUUCACUCUCUGCCUUGCUUAUCAGCAGUUGCAGAAUUUUGGUCGUGGGCUCCGACCAGGAGCUCGCAUCGAGCUCCAAGAUGUCCACCUUGUGCAGAAGGCUGUGGCUACUUCUCCCUCUGUUCUUGGAGCUUGUCUGCGCAGCACGGUUGUGCUAAAGAGUUUUUCAGCAUACAGUGUUCUACAUCAGCCCAUUACAUAUCGUGGGAAUUUGUAUGUCCGGCUGCUCUUGUAUUAUAAUUUAAGCCUGCCAUUCUAUCUGUGGCUAGUCAACUUGCUAGAAACAUUUAAGCAGAGAUUCUGUUAUUUCAUUCCUCACCAUCAAGCCCUAGAUGCAGCAGAGAAGUUUAUUGUUCCAAUCCUGGAGUCUUUGGUGAUGCCCAGGAAACAAGAAAGAAACACACAUCUGGAGAUCCUGGCAGAAUCGCACCACUGUCCCAUAGAACAGUGUCAGAUUCUGGAGCCACCGUGUCAGAUUCCCUCUUUCUCCCUGCUGUAUCCUAUGGUUGAGAAGCAGUGCUGGGAAAGCUCCAGUCCUUCGCCACAACUAAGUUCAUCCUCAGAGAUCCACAACCGGAGUGCCCAGGAAGUUAAUCACAGAUUGGCCUGGUCCUGUUGCAGUUUAUCUGCUGAGAACUUUCAGCCACACAUGAUGUUGCUUGGAGUCCUGGGGUGCUCCAGAAGAGGGUAUCUCCAGUUACAAGACAAACAUAAAGCACUUCCUUGUGUAAUAUUCCACAGAGAUGGCAGACCAUUUGCUGAAACAUCUCUGAUAGGGUGUCUGCUGCAGGUUGAAAUAUUUCAGCUUAUAACGGAGCAAUUUCUUCAAUGUAACUUUCCACCUUGGCAACAGCUGGAGACACCCAAGUAUGUAAAGGACAAGAAAACAAGGCUUUAUGUUCAGUUCUUUUUUGAAGAUGCAAAGAUUCUUCAUACUCCUGAAAAGAGAGUCAUAAAGGACCCCAAACUCCCUGAAAAGAGAAAGACAGUGAGACCCAGAGCCUGCGAAAGCUCGUCUUCUGGGGUGAAGGGCAAUGACACCUCAACAGCUGAGCACAGAUCCUCAGAAGAUCUUAAUGUGGGAAAGGCAAAACCAGAGGCCAGCAUACCAGAACAUUCUGAGAACAGUGCUGGAAAAUAUAGUUCUGUCUCCCGUCUCUUUCUGGUGACUCAAAAAGAGGGGCUUGCACAGCGCAACUAUCUGCCCAGUUCAGAAAGCAAGGGAGAAGAUAAACAAGCAGCACAAGUCUGCUUUCAGGCUAUGGUGCUAUGGAUGAGCAAACCUGAGCUAUGCACAAGUCUUGAAGAAAGUGGGCGCCAUAUGAUUUCUGCUCCUGAAAAGACAAAUGAAGGCCAGCAGAACGUGUUGCUACUGUUCCAGAGGAAAUCGCUCCACUGGUUCCCAUUCCUUCACCCUGGUCAUAUGUAUCGACUUAUCAUACCUGGGUGUUCGGACUUGAACGUGUUUGACAAACCAAGUUUUUCGUUGGCACCAAGCAGCCUCUUGAAUUCAUUGAACUGCUCCUUGUUUCUGCGUAUACCAGACGGUGCUCUCCUGGACCAUGUGAACCAGAUUUCUCAGCUGGUUUCACCUGUGAUGGAACAAAAGCUGUUCUCCAUUGACGAGAUACUCAGCCCUAGGUUUACAGGAUCCCUGGUCUCUUUCUCUGGGGAAGUGGUGGAGAAGCAUUUGUGUCAAUUCCCUGCUGGAAGACAAUCAAGAACAAAUGCCCAACAUAAGGCAAACCGUCUGUCCUUGGAUUACACUGUAAAACUGAGCAUAUUACCAGCAGCUGCUUCCCCAAUUGGGCUGGAUGUGUACAUUGAAGCCCCUUUCCUGCCAUAUCUUUGGGGAGUGCUCCCAGGAGCCAGGAUUCUCUUCAGUGGCCUGCAGCGCAAAAUUUCCAGAUUCGGCAAUGUCUACUGUACUUAUAUUGCUUCUAGCUGCGUGAGAAUUCUGACUCCUCCACCCAACAACCUUUCUUCCCGACAUCUGGGUUCCACUUCUGUCCUCUCAGGAGUAUAUUUGUACAAUGUAGCACUGCAACCUCCUAGUCUGUGCCAAAUAGAGGCCACUUGCCACCUGACGUGUGUCCUUUUUAUGUCCCUGCAGUGGACUUGUUCUGUCUGCAGCAGCACCUUUAUAGAGGGCAGGUGCAGCCAGAAUCAUCCUCCUUGCUUGUCACAUACAGGAGUGACUAAAGCUAGUGCUAAAAUCCUAGUAGAAGAUGGAACAAGUGCGUUUGUGGUGUUAUGCAAGGACCAGCAAGUACAGAAAGUCCUGUCUCUGAACCCCAAGGAAUGGGAUAUUAUACAGCGUCAUGUUCAGAGCAAAGGCAGUGUCUACGUUCAGCCCAGCAAUGCUAGCUCUGGUCCCAGGAGAACUGAAGAGCCUGAAGACAUAUUAACUUCGUACUUGACAAGCUUAUGCAGAAGCCCAGUUGUCUGUCGGACCAUACGGUUGACUUUCCAACUGGAUAAAAAAUUCUCCAAGGUUCAGGAAGCAGGACCACGACAAUUAAGAAGGUUUUUCUCGAAUGAAUUAGAAUUCUUAAGUCAUACAAGGACUGAAUCAAACUUGGUAUGUCUGAACAUCCAGGAGGCUACGUAAACCAUGAAAAAAGAGGAGCAAAGCUCUGUACAUUUUCCUAUUUCUUGUUCUGCACAGAGGAAGAAUAAGGACACGUCUUUUAUAUGUACUUUGACAUUUGGAGGAGAUAUUUAAAGUUUUAUCAUGUACAGUCCUGUGUUCUGAAACUAUAUAUAUAUAUAUAUAUAUAUCACAUAGAUGCUUAUAGUAUAAAUUUACACAA